CUGACUGGCUGUUUUUCUCCUUCCUUCUCCUAUGUCCCCAGGGAUCUUUGAGAAAAGAAUUCCCCCAGAACCUGGGAGGAAGCGACAUCUGCUAUUUCUGUAAGAGGCGUGUGUACGUGAUGGAGCGCCUGAGUGCCGAGGGCCACUUCUUUCACAGGGAAUGCUUCAGAUGUGAGAUCUGCUCUACCACGCUUCGCCUGGCCGUCUAUGCCUUUGAUGCAGAUGAAGGUAAAUUUUACUGCAAAGCUCAUUUCAUUCACUGUAGAACCAAUAGUAAGCAAAGGAAGAGACGAGCAGAAUUGAAGAGACAAGAAGAGGAGGAAGUCAAGGAGAAACAGCAGGAAGCAAAGUGGCCAGACGCUUCCCCUGAAAUUCUUGGUCCUGCCGUCAACAGCCGAGAAGCCAGCCCGCCAGGUAUCAUGACUUCCUUCUUUAGGAAAGUGCUCUACUGGCCCAUUAGGGUGACAAGGGAUCUGCUUGACAUCCCCAGAAGCCUCUGUAACAGGAUACAUGGGUUUCUGCAUGAGACCGCCCUCCAUUUCAGGGACAAUGCUUACAACUACUGCUAUAUGUAUGAACUCCUGAGCCUCGGGGUACCUCUCCUCUGUGUGCUUUUCGAGGUCCUGACAGACAUGUACAGAGAGACAGAGUCCCCUCUCCAGAGUGUGCAUGAUUGGGUGCAACAGUCCCUCUGGGUCAAAAUCAGCUGAAGCUUAUUGUAUGCUCUAUUUUUUUCCCCAAUACACUCUCUCCCAAAGUGCCUGUGAUAUUCCAAAGUGUAAAAUUGUAGUAUUUUUGCAGUUUGCUAGUGCUCUGAAUUUCAAACAAACUAUUUUCAAUCAAGUUAGAUACACAUGCAGAGAGCGCAUCCGCCUCAGCCUUGUCCAAGGAACAUGGCGGAGGUAGAUGUCCUCAUGGUGCCCGUGUGUGGAACUUACAUGAAGGAUGUAUUGAUAGCUUUCUGUUCUUUUUACCAUGAUAAUGAGCCAUGUUUCCGGGUUUACAUUUCAAGAUUUAAUAGACAAGACACAACCUUUUUUCUAAAAGGUUUUUUUUUUAAUUUUAGGGUUGGGGUGGGUUUGGGGUGGGGGGAAGGAGGGUGUUAUGUUGGGGAACUAGAGAUUUGUCACUUGGGGUGGUUUUUAGCUUUGCUGUAGAUUAUAAGGUUUACCACUUAGGCAGAUGAUGAUGUGAGAUUUUUAAAACAACACCUCAUAAAUGAACAUGCCACCUCCCGGCUUAUGGCUUCCAAUUUACUUGUCUACACUAGGCAAUUUUUUUUUAAUGCUCCUAAAUCUCGAUCGUUGAAGAGUAAGAAUGUGGACAAGCAAUAUGUGAUUAAGAUAGUGUGCUCUGAGAAGAGCUCGGUGGGACGAUAGCAAUAAACUAUUCUCUCAGAAUUA